UCUCAUCGGGUACUUUUCCGAGCUUUUACAGAAUCACGGUGUUCCAUAUUUAUACAUCGAUUAUUGAUCGACGCAUCCGAAAAAUCCCCCGGAUUACCAGCUAAAUCUCAGCUAUUGAUUUAAGUAUCGAUGAAUUCGCUAGUUGAUAACGAGCAACGCAAAUAGAAGACCGAGACAAUGGCGGAGAACGAAACAACACUGGGCGGACAAGAACUGAGGGAACUUACAUUCGGAUGGACCGAUUACUCCUUGUUCAGCGGUCUCUUGGGGAUCAGUGUCCUCAUAGGGAUUUAUUUUGGCUGUUUCAGCAAGAAACAGGAUAAUACCACUGAAUAUUUACUCGGAGGAAAAACAAUGUCCUGUUUUCCAGUGAGCAUGAGCUUAAUUGCCAGCCACAUAUCUGCGGUCUCUCUGCUCGCUAUACCGGUCGAGGUGUAUCAGUAUGGUACACAGUACGCUGUCUGCAUUUUUACAGCGACCAUAUCGUGUGGCCUCAUCUCGCUUAUCUACGUGCCCGUAUUUUAUCAAUUACAAUUGACCAGUACCUUCGAAUACCUGGAGAUGAGAUUCACCAGGCCAGUCCGGCUGUUUGCCUCGUUUCUUUACUCGCUUUCUCUGGUCAUAUACGUCCCCUUGAUCAUCUACGUGCCGGCCCUAGCAUUUUCGCAGGCGACAGCGAUCAAUAUUUACCUGAUCACGCCGGUGAUCUGCAUCGUGUGCAUAUUCUACACGACUAUAGGAGGCUUGAAAGCCGUUGUAUGGGCGGACACCAUCCAAAUGACCGUGACGCUGGGAAGUCUGUUUGCCGUGUUCAUUUUGGGCACCAUAGCCGUGGGCGGUGUGUUCGAGACUUGGAGAGUGUCGGAGGAGGGUGGCAGAAUAAUAUUUUGGAACAUGGAUCCCAGCCCGUUCAUCAGGAACUCCUUCUGGGGCAUGUCGAUCGGGAUGACGACGACGUGGCUGUCGGGACUCGGCAUCAGCCAAGUGUCUAUGCAGAGAUUUCUGGCAGUACCGAACAUCAGAGAAGCCCACAAAGCAAUAGCGUUUAUGGGCCUGUGUAUGGUCAUCAUGAAAUGGGUGUCCGUCUUUACCGGCCUCAUAAUGUAUACCAGGUAUCACAGCUGCGAUCCCAUAAGUACAAAGAUUAUUUCCAGGAGCGACCAAUUACUUCCGUAUUACGUGUUAGACGUCGCGGCGAACGUCCCGGGACUUCCUGGUCUUUUCUUGGCCGGUCUUGUUAGCGCUGGCCUCUCCACGAUGAGCGCUAAUUUGAACACAGUGGCCGGCACGAUUUACGAGGAUUUCAUUGAUCCGUGGCUGCCAGAUUGCAGCAAUAAAGAGAGCAGAGCGGCGAAUAUCAUGAAGGGCAUCGUGGUUGUCGUAGGAUUAGUUUGCAUGAUGCUAGUUUUCGUCGUAGACCGUUUAGGCGACGUUUUCCGAGUUUCUCUCACUCUGCAUAGUAUCACGUCUGGCGCGAUGUUGGGAAUUUUCACCCUGGGAAUGAUAGUACCGUGGGCUACGUCGAAGGGAGCAAUCACGGGUGGAUUACUUUCCAUGCUCUUCAUGGUAUGGAUCAUCGUUGGCGCUCAAGUGAGCAUGGCCCAAAACAAAUUGAACUAUCCGCCUCUUCCUACGUCCAACGAGGAUUGUUUGAACGUGGGCGUUUCGGUUAAUAAAACAACCACGGGAACGGGUUAUUCCCCGCCGAGUGACGACGACGACAAACCGUUCGUGCUCUUCACGAUAUCGUUCAUGUAUUACGCGUUGGUCGGCUUUGUGAUCGUGAUGGUAAUAGGAACGAUAGUCAGUUUCAUCUUCGGAGCCAACGAUUUGAGGACCAUCAACAGGAAUCACUUUCCACCGAUUAUUCAGAGAUUCUUGCCGCCGGAAAAGUACACCGACGUCCCGAUGCACUCGAUUCCGAACACGUUGGUGUCGAACCCGGAGAAGGAAAAGCUGAACUCGUGAGGCGAACGUAACUCGCCUUACUCCUCUCCGGCACUCGGUGUUCUACCGACACCAUACGCUCGUAAAGCGAUGUAAACGCCGAUUAAAUCCGUACGUUAGAAUGAAAUAAAAGCUUCUUUUUAGUAAAAACUCGGAGCCGUUAAAGACAAACGAAUCUCCGAGCGAUAAAUAUCGGAGCACAGUCGAAAAGGUGGACCAUUUGUCAGAAGAAAGCUCUACAUAACUGGCUCGUCCCGGGUUGAAAGCACCCAUUAGGCCCUCGAUGAGGGUGUCAAAUUGACUAGAUUAUAUAUCUGUCCCACGCAUCUCGAUACAAACAACUCGUCUAAACAUCUGGAGGAACGAUGCCUAUCGGAUUAGGACGAAUGGAAAUGCGGAGGGUGUUUUUUGUCCAGUCAUUGGUCGAGUCGGUGCCGAAAAUCCGCGAAAGACCGAUCGUGAAGCGUGCACGACCACGGUUGCACGUGUCUGCACAGGCGAAAUUCAGAAGGCACGCGAUUCACUUGGAGCGAAGCAAACAAUGCUCCGCGGGAAAGUUAUCGCUCGUUUCUAUAAUACUUUCGUCAAACCCAGGGUCCGUUCGAUACGGCAUUAGCCGUUUCAUUGCGAACGUUUGAUCGUUUUACAAACGGCGAGUCGCGAGUUAGGCGAUAUACGCUUUGAAAAAUUGCGCGCGAUUUAUCGUCGAGUGGCUUAGCGUGGCCGGUGACAAUGGAGAAGACAUUACAGUUGCUGCGAAAAAUCCGCCACGAAGAUAUAUGAAAAUAACGCACAAAAGACGCGUACCAGUUGACGUUUUCACCGCGCAGCGUUAUCGGCCACGGUUCACCGAGCUAAACGUGUAACUAACGCAGCUUUCUACGCUGUCGCGUUGUUACCAAGUGUCAACGUGUUUGUACGACCAUUCGCGUUACGUUCGUUGCGUCGAAUCGUACCGAGAAGAGGAAGCAGAAAUAACAAAAAUGCUGUGUAAUUCGAUUUUCGAAGAAUCACGUCGCGACGAUGCGGAGAGGAGAAGAGAGGAGAGAUAAAAAUAGCGUGGCGCGUUAAAAUUCCAGAGUGAAAGUGAACGAAGGAAGUAACCCUUAUCAAGGAUUCGAGAUAUUAUCCUUGGCUUUGAGAGGAGCUCCGGUCGGCGGACAGAGACGAUUUCUCGGAGAGAAGGCUCGCAGGGACGUUACACGGCUGACGUAGAAACGGCACUUCUGUAUCGAACCGGAGACCACA